AAUCUUCGGCGUCGAACGUAAACAGUCUUUCGAAUCAUUUCAAACACGCCGCGUUUCGAUUUCCGUUUGCCGAGUUCCACGGCGGACUCAUUUCCGACAGCAUGUCAACAAAGUGUGGACGCGGAGAAGCACAGCAGGGGCUUUUAUGGCGCGUUUAAGACAGACUGCUGGAGAACAUUCACAUCCUUCCUACAUGUGAGGAAGACGCGUUCAAAACAUGAGGAAUUAACUUUAGCUGAGUUCUGCACGACAUACUGCUGUAAAGAUGGAGUUUAUUAAAGAGGAGAAUGAAAACAUGAGCGAUUCAGAACCCUUCAGAAUUAAAAAAGAAGAAUCUGAGGAGCAAACAUGUUGGUGUCUAUUAUUUGUUCUUCAUCCAUGACUGCUGAGGAAUAUUAAAGUCACAAAACUUCAGCAGAUUUAGUGGCUACCUUAUGGAACAGAAUGAGUUGGAGGAGAAACACCAUCAGCAUCACUUCACAACUGGAGACAAAUCAGGAGGCAAAAAUUAUUUCAUCUGCCCGCAGUGCGGAAAGAGCUUCCCGCAUAAAGGAGACCUUAAUAAACACAUACGAAUCCACACCGGAGAGAGACCAUUCACAUGCAUUCAGUGUGGAAAGAGCUUCACGCAAAAAGCAAACCUUAACAGACACCUGCGAGUUCACUCUGGAGAAAGACCCUUCACGUGCUCUCAGUGUGGACGCAGUUUCACAUCAACAAACAUCCUCAAAAACCAUCUGCGUCGUCACACUGGAGUGAGCUCGUUCAGCUGCGAUCAGUGCGAUAAGAAGUUUAUUUUGGCCAAACUACUGAAAAGACACUUGAAGAUGCACGCAAACCAGAAGCCUCACUUAUGUUCUUUUUGCGGGAAGAGUUUUUCACAACUGGAGUAUUUCAAGGAGCACCAGAAGAUGCAUAUUGGUGGAAGACCUCACAAGUGCUCUGAGUGCGGAAAUUCUUUUAAUACGGCCAACUCCUUGAGACGACACCAAAGGAUUCAUACUGGAGAGAAGCCGUACACGUGCUCGCAUUGUGGAAAGGGUUUCAUUCAGUCUGGACACCUGAGAGCGCAUGAGAGAUUGCACACGGGAGAGAAGCCGUACCAGUGCGCUUCAUGUGAGAGGAGCUUCACACACUCGAGUAAACUACUGACUCAUUUGCGAAAGCGUUGCCCAAAGUUGUCACUGAGCAAAGUUCAUGCCUAGAUCCUUCACUUUAAAGUUACUGUGAAUGCUUAUCAUCCCAUUGGUCAAUCAAAAGCAACUUCAGGCUAUAAAAUCUCCAUCUUUAAAGGGUUAAUUCACCCAAAAAUGAAAAUUCUCUCAUUAAUUACUCACCCUCAUGUCGUUCCACACCCGUAAGACCUUUGUUUAUCUUCGGAACACAAAUUAAGAUAUUUUUGAUAAAGUCAGUGAGGCCUCCAUUGACAGCAAGAUAAUUAACACUUUCAGAUGCCCAGAAAGCUACUAAAAACAUAUUUAAAACAGUUCAUCUGACCACAGUGGUUCAACCUUAAUGUUGUGUAGCAAGGAGAAUACAUUUUGUGCGGCAAAAAAACAAAAUAACGACUUUAUUCAACAAUAUCCAGUGAUGGACGAUUUCAAAUCACUGCUUCAUGAAGGUUUACGAAUCUUUUGUUUCGAAUCAGUGGUUCGGAGCGUGUAUCAAACUGGCGCACAAAAAGUAUUCUCGUUGCUUCUUAUGGGUGUGGAAUGACAUGAGGGUGAGUAAUUAAUGACAGAAUUUUCGUUUUUGAGUGAACUAACCCUUUAACAGAUUAAUUUUGUAAGUCUAUAUGCUGAAAGCUGAUGCAUUGAGAUCUGUAAUCUUAAUGUGACUUCUUUUGCACUUGAACCCGUUUCUUCUCACAGCAUGUGAAAAUGCAAGAUGUGUUGUUGUUGCUGUACAUGUUCAUUUUUCUGUCAUUUACAGAUGUAAAUAUGGACACGAUGCUUUUCCAAAGUUGUGAAUUUACAUCUAAAGUAUGUAAUAUUGUGUAGACUUAUAUUUACCAUGCAUACAAGUUCAAGGUUUUUGGUUUAAAGCAAAAGUACAUUUAAAUGAAUGCAUUUGGCAGAUGUUUUUAUCCAAAGUGACUUUAUUGCAUUCAAGGUGCACAUUUCAUCAUUUCAUGCAUUGCCUUCGAAGUGUUUAUUUUAGGUGUUGACUGCUCACUGUUUGUUUAACUUUUUUACUUGCAUGUUUAAUUUCAAUGAUCUUGUGGUGUGACAAAUACAUUUUUAAAAGUGCAAAUAUUCAGUGUAUUCUCUGAAAUAACAUGCCUUCAUAUACAGGCGUAAUAAUUCUA